AACGCACCGUUAGCCUCCACUCAGCCGCGGCUCCGUUUAGCUUCAGCUUUUAACACGACGAGAAUUUACUGUGUAAAACUUGGACAUGUCUGUGUCUCCAGCGAUUUCUGCUUUAUUCGACAAUCCGAACGAUGUGUUCCGGGAUGUGGCGAAAUUGUUGCUGACAUACGCGGACAACAUUUUGAGGGGAGCAGUAUGAGUUUCUUUGUGACCCUUCAGUCCAACUUCCAGCACGUGCUGCAGUAUGAGAAACCUGAGCUGCAGCAGAAAGCCAGGAGUUUGAUCCCUCACCAGCUGUUGCUCUCUGCCGCCCAACACAAGCUGAACGAGCUGAAGGAGGCUGACCCAGGAUGUAAACUAGGAGUAGAAGACUUCCUGGUUCUGGAGUUACUCAGGUGGUUCAAGCAGAACUUCUCCUGGGUGGACAGUUUGCCCUGCAGCCAGUGUGGAGGUCCUACACAGCACGGCCACGCCCUUACUCCCUCUGCUGAUGACCUCCGCUGGGGAGCUCAGAGGGUGGAGAACCACUACUGUCAGAGCUGCCAGCUGUCCACGCGCUUCCCCAGGUACAACCAUCCUGAGAAGCUCCUGGAGACCAGGAGGGGGCGCUGUGGAGAGUGGGCCAACUGUUUCACACUGUGCUGCAGAGCUGUGGGCCUGGAGGCCAGGUACAUCUGGGACAGCACAGACCACGUGUGGACGGAGAUUUACUCGGUGUCCCAGCGGCGCUGGCUGCACUGUGACUCGUGCGAGAACGUGUGCGAUAAGCCUCUGCUGUACGAGGUUGGCUGGGGGAAGAAGCUGGCCUACGUUCUGGCUUUCUCCAAGGAUCAGGUGGUUGAUGUGACGUGGAGGUACUCCUGCAAACAUCCAGAGAUUUUAUCAAGAAGAACCAAGGUUCAGGAGGCCUGGCUGCUGCACACCAUCAACAGGCUUAACACUGCUAGACAGCAGUCCUUGAGCCCGGACAGGAAGAUGGAGCUGACAGAAAGGCUGCUGGUGGAAUUGGUAGAGUUUAUUUCACCAAAAAAACCCAAAGCAGGAGAACUUGGGGGGCGUAACUCUGGCUCUCUGGCCUGGAGGUUAGCACGAGGGGAGACCAAAGCAGCUGAUGCUAGUACAGCCACACAGAUGCCAGCGUUUGUGUUUACUCCAACUGAAAAAGAAAAGGAUGAGCAGUUAUUACACGUCCGCUACGUGUCCUCCAAGGACCAGUACUGCCGAGUGUCCAGCUGCUCUGAAACCACGCCGGGCUGGGAACGCUGUGUGUGGACCAGGGAGUCUGUCUUCAGGAAAGUGGAAAGUGACUGGCAUAUGGCGUAUAUAGCACGAACAGAAGGCUCUACUGUUGGCAGAAUCAGCUGGAAGUUUGACUUUGCUCCAGCAGGAUUGAAGAUAAAGUCUGUUUCCAUCAUGGCCUCCAGUCAGACCUUCCACUCUGGGAAAGUCUGCUGGAGCCUGCAGUCAGACCAGUCCACCACAGAGUUUCCUGGAGACGGGACGGUCCAGUCGUUCCCCAGCUGGUGCAGCUCCUCGGAGCUCGUCGUUUCAGCAGAGCUCAGCGGGGGAGAAGGUGACGUCUCAUGGCAGCACUCUCAGCUCUUCAGACAGAGUUUGAAAGAAGAGGAGCCGUCAUUAGAAGUCAUUAUCCACCUCCAAGAUGCAUAACAUUAGUUUCUUCCUCACUGACGACUGUUUGUUCUAUGAGCUGUAUGAUGAACUGGACUCAAAGCGUCACACGCUGAGAAGUCGGUGCAAUAUUUAAACAAAUGCAGGUCUUCCAGGGUUCACUGGUACAUGAAAUUAAAUGUGCAUUUGUACAACUUACAYGCUUUAUUUCGCAGACAACUGAGAGUUUAGAAAAACGGUUUUAAACACAAGCCAUAAAGUUUCUGUAGUACUUCCUGCUGUAUAAAUGUGCAGGGUUGCCAGAUGUCCCAUAAAACAUAGCUGUUCAUUUAUUUGAAGUUAAAACUGUGACUAGUUUUAAUCAAUUCAGGAUGGGUACUCCUGAAAACUGGUCCAAAACCAGUUACUUAUGCUAGAUUUCAUAUGUAGCUGCUUGUUUAUUAAGAGCCAGGCUUAGCUGGAUAAAUUAUUAUAAAUGAAUUUUAACCAGGGACUGAUUUUAUUUCUAAAUGAGGUGUUUGAGUCAUGACUUAUCAUUAGGCUGUGUUAUGAUGUGAUACAGGUGUGUUCGCCACAGUCCGUAAGGAGGCUGCUGGUGUGGCCCCUACUGGUCCCAGUUAGGAAAGGUUUAGUAUUAUUCUGCCUGAAAUGUGGCAACCAUAAAUAUAUGUUUAUAAAACAAGGAGUCACUGCACAAACUAAACUUGGCUCAUUUAUUUCAUUUUGUGUCUGUAGUUGUCGAACUGUCCUGGUUGUUAAUGGUAGUGUGUGUCGGGGGUUUUCAUCCUGUCAUGAAACAUUUUGAAUAUUUUUGGUACUAAUCUUCAAAAGGCUACAGGAUUAUGUAUAAAGUAACAAUAAAAUUAUUUGGAACAUGUAA